CGAUCAAUCCUCACCUCAGUGUCAACAGUUUCCCUUUCUUUAGUAGCCUCCCAACGACGAAUUACACUCCCGUCAACGGAUCAGUCAUGUCGCGUGUCCGAAAUCGGAAUCCCCGCGGAAUGGCGAGCAGCUUCGCGGACGGCUACUGAAGGCGAACUCGGAAUAGAAGCCGACGCGGCAUGCAGCACUCAUACUUCAAUGCAGUACUUCAAUGCAGCUCAUCUCCAAGAAUUGAACGUCUUGCAACAGCCCAGCUGCCUAAUAGGUCAGACGACAGUUUUCCCGGAUACCUUAUCCACCAGAGGUACAUUCAAGAAACAUCAGCAGCAGCUUAAGUACCCCGCGAGGCAACCCCACCAUCACCCUCAACCCCAACUAUCACCCCGAGCGACGAUCCACCACACACAAUGGCUCCAAAUGUCCCUGCUUCCGGCAUCUGGGUCCCCGCCGUGACCUUCUUCGACCCCGAAACCGGCCGCAUCGACCUGGCCGCGCAGAAGAAGUACUUCACGUACCUGAAAUCCACAGGGCUGGCCGGCCUCGUCGUGCUCGGCUCCAACGCCGAAGCCCUGCUGCUCACCCGCGACGAACGCAUCGCGCUGACCGUUGCCGCCCGCCAGGCCGUCGGCCCAGACUUCCCGCUCAUGGUCGGCGUGUCGGGCUUCUCCGUGAUCCAGGUGCAGGAGUACAUCGACGACGCCAAAAAGGCAGGUGCAGACUACGGGCUCCUGCUGCCGUCGGCCUACUACGCGGGCGCGACGACCAAGGACGUCGUCUACGGCUUCUACGACGAGGUGGCCAAGACUUCGCCGCUGCCGCUGGUCAUCUACAACUUCCCUGGUGUCGCGAACGGCGUCGAUCUCGACAGCAUCACAAUUGCCGCCCUGGCGAAGGCACACCCGGGCCGCAUCGUCGGCGUGAAGCUGACCUGCGGCAGCGUGGCGAAGAUUACGCGGCUGUCGGCAGAGCUGCCUGCAGACACCUUCGCGACGUUUGCAGGGCAGGCGGAUUUCCUGGUCGGCGGGCUGGCGAGCGGGGCCUCGGGCUGCAUUACGGGGUUCGGCAACGUGUUCCCCAAGACGGUGGUGCGCAUCUAUGAUCUGUACCGCGCGGGCGAUUACAAGGAGGCGCUGGCGCUGCACCGGCGGGCGGCGCUGGCGGAGAGCCCGGCGAAGGCGGGGAUUGCGAGUGUGAAGUAUGCGGUGAGUCAGUACAGUGCGGUGGCGGCGGGGAUUGAGAGUCCGGAGGCGAAGUUGGCGCCGCGGAAACCAUAUGUGCCUGUCGCGGAACCGGUGAAGGCGGCGAUUAAGGCUGCAAUGGAGGAGGUGGCGGGGCUGGAGAAGGGGUUUUGAUUAGCAACCGGUGAAAGACGUCUCUGGUGCGAUAUACAUCAUAGAACGAGCGAUUGUAGAAUUAAAUAAGAGCGCGUCUACAUAUCUCGUUUAGAUCUUCGUACUCUCGAAUCUAGGCAGGCUGGAAUACUCUCCUGGCAAUUUCCCCUGUCUUCA